AUGUCAAUCGUAUUAUAGGGAAAACUGGAACAGGCAAACCACACUAUAUAAUAAAAUUACUCUAUCUUAGGAAAAUCCUGUUAAAGUGGCGAUGCAAUAACUAAGAGUGUUUUUAUAAAAAAAUUAAGCUUUGGUUCUGGUUUUCAGUAUUAUUCUCCAAAUUUACGAAAAAGAAAAAAUAGACUGGGAUAGAACAGAAGAAGUUAAAAAUUAAGUUGAAGCUAUAAUACCCCAAUUUAUAAAUUCUAUCCAUAUGAUUACAGUAAGUAUAAAAGUUUGGGAUCUUAAUUACAAUUCAGAAAGUGGCAAAAAUAGGAAAUGAAUAAUGGCAUGCAUAGUUACAAAUUAAUUCUGUGUUGUUUAUUUGUAGAACUGAGACCCAACUUAGUAUUUGUUAAUAAAUGGAUCAACUCAUUGCAAAGUCGGAGGUAUAAAAUGUAAAUUUAACCGAAAAUGAGAACUUCUAAAAUUUUAACAUCACAGAGAAUGAUCAUGAUGAUGAGAUUUACGAAAUUGAGAUGAUUUCAACUGAUAUAAGGAUAUUACUACUCAUUUGCCUUUUAAAUAAGAAAUGA